UCCCUUGCCUUGGUGUAUUGCUAAUGAAGUUGGAGAAUCCAGCACUACGUGUGUGCUUACAAGUACAGUCUAACGAGGGUGUGCUUGUUCGAAAAGUGGAACCUACUUCGGAUGCAAAUAAUGUUCUAAAGCAGGGUGAUGUGAUUGUCAGUUUUGAUGAUGUUCAUGUAGGUUAUGAAGGAACAGUUCCAUUCAGAUCUAACGAGCGCAUUGCAUUCCGCUAUCUCAUAAGUCAAAAAUUUGCAGGGGACGUAGCAGAGCUUGGUAUUAUUAGAGCAGGAAAAUUCAUGAAAGUGAAAGUAGUAUUAAACUCAAGAGUACACUUGGUUCCCUAUCAUAUUGAUGGAGACCAACCUUCAUAUCUAAUUAUUGCUGGUUUGGUUUUUACUCCACUUUCAGAACCAUUAAUUGAGGAGGAAUGCGAAGAAUCAACAGGAGUAAGUUGGGAAACUCUUGAAGCAUGA